AUAAAACAUAGUCUGAGAGCAUGGGAUUACUAAGUCUACAGAUUUCGAUUUUUUUAAUCCCUUGGUUGAAUAUUUCCGCGUUCUGAGAACUUCUGGAUAAUUGACUGAAAGCUACAGACCAUUUCAAGUCAACCAAAUCUAUUUGAGGCUGAUAAAUUAUCUAGAUCAGAAGUUUCUGAAUUUUCCAUCCAUGAUAGAAUUGUCAAUGAGAAACUCAGCAGCACGAGUGCCGGGCAAUUUCGCUUUGCCCGAAAAAGCAAGCAACAAAUUUUGGUCAAGACGGUACUGUUUGUCGUUUGUUUCUUUCCUUGAUGUUCCGUGUUGAUUUAACCAGAAAGACAAUAUAUCAAGAGAUCAGCCCAAUUGAACAUUUAUGUCUGCAAAUAUAAUUUUGCAGCUGCGAUUUUUUCAGCUCAAUUUCGAUUAAUUUUUUGUGGGAAACGUGAAAGAAAUCUAAGCAUUGUGGCAGUUAAUGUUUUUAUCUGUUUGCAUUUGAAAGAGGAGAAAAUAAGUAUAUUUUUGGCACUGUUUACAAAGUUGGCCACAUUUCAGCUUUACCAUUAUCAUUACAGCCCCACCACGUCAACAUCAGAGCCUGAAUCAAUUCUCUGAUGACAGAAUGGACUCUAUCUCCGUUACGGUCUGUUUCACCUAUAUACUAUCAUGAGAGUAGCCUUAUCACAGAGCUUGCCUGCUUGAAUGCAGCUAUGCUGCCUUCGCACAGAUGAAGGGGGUUAUGGGCCGCCUUUGGUGAGGGGGAUUGGAACGUUGAACCCGAAUUACUCACUUACUGAAGCUAAGAGAUUGCUAUGACUCUGAUUCUGGAACUUGUGCCAAUUGGCACACUCUUGGCCUUUGUGACAACACAAGUCUUAGAAACUGCUGUAGCUGCACAGGAUGUGCUUAUUGAGAAGGAGAGCUUUAGAGUGCUUUCCAAGUAUCUUUUAGAUAUACAACCUGUUUUAGCAGAGUUAAGGAUGCGUGACUUGAAAGAGACAGAGGCUGCAAGGCAGGCUCUGCAGUCUCUGUCUGAUGAUGUCAAAGCUGCUGACUCACUGGUUAGUUCAUGCAGAACAAAGCCUAAGUUUUGGUUACUGGUUAAUUGCCGAGACAUAGUCAAAAGGGCCCAACAGGUUACUCGAGAUAUUGGUAAAUCUCUUGCACUCUUAUCUCUGGCAAGCACUGAAGUGUCUGCGGACAUUCGUGAUAAUGUCAAUAGAUUACAGGGUGAAAUGCAGAAUGCAGAGUUUGAAGCUUCACAGUCUCAGCUUAGGAUCAUAGAUAAGCUUGAAUUGGGUCUCCGAGAACAUAAGACCGAUCAAGGUUUUGCAAAUGACCUGAUACGAGAAAUAGCUAGAGCAGUAGGUGUUCCUGUGGAGCCUUCAGAGAUAAACAAAGAGCUUGAAAGUUUUCGACGGGAGAAGGAAGAGGCUGCUGUAAGGAAAGAACGAGAAGAAGAAGCAUUUAUGGAACAGGUUAUUGCUCUACUCUCUCAUGCAGAUGCUGCAAACAGUCCAGAGCAAGUUGAAAAGAGAUACAGGGAAAGACUAAUGAGUUUGGGCAGCAACAUGCCAGAAAAAGAAGACAUUCCUCCUCUGAAAUCCUUCAUAUGUCCUCUGAAAGAUGAUGUAAUGAUGGAUCCGGUGAGUCUGAGUACAGGCACAACCUAUGAGAGGAAAGAAAUACAACAAUGGUUUGAAGCUGGUAAUAAGAUAGAUCCUGAUACACGUGAGCCCCUUUUGGACUUCACUCUCCGACCAAAUAUUCCACUCAAGCAGUCAAUUGAAGAAUGGGUGGAGCUCAAUUAUUGUCUGAAGAUCAAAGCAGCCAAGCCCAAGUUGCAGUCAAGGGUUGAAGCGAAGGAGAAGGAUGCUCUUAAACAGAUGCAACAAUUGUGUGAAGAAAAGUCCAUCAACAAGGACUGGAUUGCAAUUGAAGGAUUGAUCCCUCUUAUGGUGCAGGUGCUUAUAAAAUCUCACAGCAGGGAUGUAAAGAGAGCAGCUUUAUCAACAUUGAAAACUCUUGUUAUUGAUCACACUGAAAACAAGGAUAAAGUUGUGGAUGCUGGAGGUGUAGAACAAGUGGUACGCUGUCUUGCACGUGAUGCUCGAAUCUCAACAGUUGCUGUUGAGUUGCUAUCUGAGCUGCUGCUAAAUGGUUCUGAGCUGAAUGUAUCUGUCUACAGGAAGAUUAGUCUGGAGAAAAGUGCCAUACUUUUGCUUGUAACUCUUCGAAAUGGGUCAGUCACAGAAUCAGCAGAAAAAGCAGAAGCAAUAUUGCAACGGCUUCGUGAUAAUGAUGAUAAUAUAGUGCAAAUGGCUGCUGCUAAUUGGUAUGGGCCACUGAUUGAAUGUCUUCAUAAAGGUUCAGAAGGCUCAAAGCUGAAGAUGGCAAUAGCCCUUUCAAAAAUGGAAUUGACUGAUCAAAAUAUAAAACUCUUGGGAGAUGAAGGAGCAAUACCGCCCCUUGUCAAAAUGAUCUCAAGCAAUCUUGAAUCAAAAGCAGCAGCUUUGGGAGCUUUAAAGAAUCUAUCUACAAAUCAUGAGAACAAAAAGCAUAUUGCCAAUGCAGGUGCAGUUCCUCUUAUAUUGGAUCAUUUGGUUACUUCAAAGUUCCCUUCUAAUAUUAGGGAGACAUCGGCCAUAAUUUUAGAGAGAAUAAUGUGUGAUGAUGGUGUUCAGUUUCUUGUGGAUGAGAAUGCUGAGCCCCUUGUACUAGAACCUAUCAUCCAAAACUUGUUAGCACUGCAGCAAAAUCCUUCUACUUUUUUUUCUAUACGCAGGCAUGUCUUAAAUGCUCUUCUUGGAAUGUUAUCUGGGCCAGAUGGUGAAAAUGUUAGAAGUGUUGCCAGAUCAGCUAAUGGGAUUUCUGUUCUUUUACCUCUAAUAGAAGGUUCUGAUCAAAAAAUAAGGGAGUCUGUUAUUAAAUUGCUCUGUAGUCUUUCAGAGGGGGGUUCUCAAGAGAUUUCACAUUUCCUGUUGAAUGGAAAUAAGUUUGAGCUUUUUGUGACUUUUCUUGAAGAUGAUUCUCGAGGUGAUAUACAAGCAGCUGCUGCAGGUAUACUGUCAACCCUCCCUGCUUCUGAUGGUAAAGUAACUGAUGCUUUAAUAAAGGCUGAAGCACUUCCAGCAAUUAUCCAAGUGUUGAAUAAUGGAUCUCCUAAUGCGAAGGAAAAUGCAGUUGGAGUACUCCUUAGAUUUACUGACCCAUCAAGUUUGGAAACUCAGCAUAUGGUUGUCCACUCGGGAGCUUUCCCAUUACUUGUAAAUUUACUUUAUUCUGGAACAAUUCUGGCAAAAUCCAGAGCAGCUUUUGCUAUUGGAAAUCUUUCUUUGAGUACUGCUCGUCUCAGUGUAGCACCGACAGUGAAUGGAUGUUGGUGCUUCAAACCUGUCCCACCUCCAGUAUGUAGGGUGCACUUAGGCCCUUGUGAUGUGAAGACAACAUUUUGUCUUGUAAAGGCUGAUGCUUUACCUGGAUUGGUGAACCUAUUACAAGAAAGGGAGGGCAAGGCUGCUGGGGCUACGAUAUAUGCCCUGGCAACAUUGGUGAGCGAUGAUGACAUCCUGAACAAGGGAGCUAGUGUUCUACAUGAAGCUAAGGCUAUUGAUCAUAUCCUUGAAAUUCUUUCUCAGGGAACACCGGAGUCCAAGGAAGAAGCAGUGAAAAUUUUGGAGAAGGUGUUUCAGGUUAAAGAAAUUGUAGAAGCAUAUGGAUCCAAAGCAAGAAUUCCUCUUGUGGAUCUUACAACUCAAACUCAUGGGAAUGGAACUCUUAGGAGAAAGGCAGCUAAAGUUUUAGCGCAAUUAGAGGUCAUACAAGAAACAUCAACUUAUUUUUAAUAUUUCCAUCGCUUUUGCUGCAUUUUAUUGGAUUCCCAGUUUGCACAUGGUUGGUAGGCAUUGUUGCUACUAUUGUGCAGGCGCUUAAUGAAAGGUGGGAAACUGACAAACUUGUUUAUAAUAAUGUUGUAUUGUUACUACCCAAUCAGGGGUACCGUUCCUCAAUACCUGUUUGAGAGAACAGUUUGGCUUAUGAUACUUAAGGUUUUGCCGCCUGUUUUAACUUUUGGCCACUCACUACUGCUAAGUAAUUCUAUAAACAUGAUUUAUUUUGCAUUCAAAUUAUUGUAGUAAUAUCUCAUACAUCUUUUAAAAGAUUUCAUUUUAGGAUA